GAAAGCGCUCGCAGACGUGCGCGUGAGACCGUUGUCAGUUCCGUAGUUUUUGGCUCAAGCCUCGCUCUGUUCCCCCCAAGGACGUCGUGUAGGCGGUCUACCAAUGCGUACCAGCGGCCCCUGCAUGGACGUCGUCGUGCACGUGGUGUACUUGCAUAGAAGGACAGCCCGGGAGGCCGUCAGCGGCCGCUUCGUGGACGCGGUCGUGCACGUGGUCUACUUGCUGGAGCCCGUCGUGCACGUGGUCUACGUCGUCGUGCGCGUGGUCUACAUGGUUUUCGUGGUCUUCGUGGUCUACUUGCUGGACGUCGUCAUGCACGUGACCUACUUGCACGACGUCGUCGUGCAAACGGUAUACUUGCCGGACGUCGUCGUGCACAUGUUCUACGUGGUCUACUUGGCGGACGUCGUCAUUGCACGUGGUCUAUACUUGCUGGGCGUUGUCGUGCACGUGGUCUACUUGCCGGACGUCGUCGUGCACGUGGUCUACUUGCUGGAGGUCGUCGCGCACGUGGUCUACGUGGUCUAUUUGCUGGACAUCGUCGUUGCAUCUGGUCUACUUGCUGGACGUCGUCGUGCACGUGGUCUACGUGGUCUACUUGCCGGACGUCGUCGUUGCACGUGGUCUACUUGCUGGAGGUCGUCGCGCACGUGGUCUACGUGGUCUAUUUGCUGGACAUCGUCGUUGCAUCUGGUCUACUUGCUGGACGUCGUCGUGCACGUGGUCUACGUGGUCUACUUGCCGGACGUCGUCGUUGCACGUGGUCUAUACUUGCUGGACGUCGUCGUGCACGUGGUCUACUUGCUGGACGUCGUCGUGCACGUGGUCUACUUGCUGGACGUCGUCGCGCACGUGGUCUACGUGGUCUAUUUGCUG